CUGAAAAAUCUAUAAAUGAAAAACGGUUAUCUAGAAAUAACAGUUCAGUUUUGGUGCUUUUGCUCGACUAGGAACGUAUCGCUCCUCCAUCCUUUAUCUUUAAAAAUAUCACGACGAACAACGAUGGCUGCAAUUUCCAAUUCUUUAUUCGUCUUGGUGUUCAUUCUUUCGUUAUCUGACCUUUCGAUGACUCUCCGUGAGCCUAAGUGUCCUCUUCUUUGCCAUGAGCUAGCCAAGAACUGCGAAAAGAAUUGCCUGCACAUCAACAAAAAUACCUGCAAAAACUGCUCCUUCUGCGCAUCGAAUAUCUAUCGAUGUAUAAUGAUCGACUGCGGGCAAGACAAAAACAAGACCUUCAGCAAAUGUACCAAAAAUCAGCUUCAGAUUUAUGGAAAUGGUAUUAGAGCGUAUUACUUAUGCGAAGGGAAGCAAGUGAAGCUUAGCAAUUAUCAACUGCAAUGUAUAUAACCAGUAAAUAGAACGACAACGCACAGAAUUGAAAAAUCCGCCAUUUCUUGGCACGCCCGAAGCGCAGAACCACACCAAAAAUCGUACCAAUAGAACGAGUUCGUAGUUUGACAAUUUGCACUAGUUUUCCAAAAACAAAUGUAAAGGAGGAGGGAGGACCCCCCAAAAAUGUAAUCAGUAUUAUARAAUACAAAUUGUAAUAGAAAGUAUUAUUUAAAUAAAGCAUGGGCGUAAGUAACUCCUA